CUCGAUAAUCUUUUUGUAUAAAUACAUGCUCCAAAUGAGGGUUUAUAUGGGAGAGGAAGAUCGGGAGGAUGAAGAAGCAGAAGGCUAAGGCAAUCAUAGUGGGAGGAAGCAUAGCAGGAAUCUCAUGCGCAAAAGCGCUUAGUUGUGCAGGUUGGGAUGUUGUUGUGAUUGAGAAAUCGCGAGCACCCACAACGGCAAGUCCAACUGGUGCUGGACUUGGACUUGAUACGUUGUCUCAGAAAAUAAUUCAGUCAUGGCUCCCUCAUCCUGAGCCCUUCUACAAAGUUACCUUACCUCUCCCAAUUGAUCAGAACCGAGCAACAGAUGGGGAGAAGAAGGUGAAUUGGGUACUAACAAGAGAUGAAAACUUGAACUUUAGGGUUGCACAUUGGACUGAUCUUCAUGCUCUUCUAUACAAUACUUUGCCGCGUGAAAUAUUUCAUUGGGGUCACCAAUACAUCUCUUUCUGUAUUUCUGAAGACAAAACAAGUGUUAAAGUAAAGGCCAAAGACCUUCAAACGAAUGAGAUCAUCGAAGUAGAGGGAGAUUUGCUGGUUGCAGCAGACGGGGCCCGCUCAUCAAUUCGACAGAGUUUUCUACCUGACACCAAAUUAAGGUUUCCAGGAACAUUAUUGUAUUCAGGAUACUGUGCAUGGAGGGGCGUUCUUGAGUAUUCAGGAAAGAAUUCGGAUACCAUGAUGGGCUUCCGGAAAGCGUAUCCUGAUCUUGGAAGAUGCUUAUACAUGGAAUUGGCUCCUGGAACUCACUCAACUCUUUGUGAGCUUAUGUACGAGAGGCUCAAUUGGAUUUGGUAUACCAAUCAACCUGAGCCCCAAUUGAAGGGAAGUUCAGUUACUAUUAAAGUAAACAGCGACAUGAUAAGCGCAAUGCACCAGGAGGCAGAGAAGAUUUGGAUUCCUGAGUUUGCAAGAGUGAUAAAAGAAACGAAGGACCCUUUCAUUAAUGUUAUUUAUGAUUGUGAUCCUUUGAAACAAAUUGUUUGGGACAGAGUGGUGUUAAUCGGAGAAGCUGCUCAUCCCACAACUCCACACUGUGGAAGAAGAACAAACAUGUCAAUAUUAGACGCAGCAGUAUUAGGCAAAUGCAUGGAGAAAUGGAAGGCAGUCAAUUUUCAAAUGGCCCUUGAAGAAUAUCAAUCUAUAAGGCUACCUAUCACUUCAAUGCAAGUCCUACAUUCCCGGAAAGUGGGUCGAAUCAAACAAGGCUUAACUCUCGCUGGUAGGGAGCCUUUUGAUCCGAUGACUGCAACUCCAGAGCAAUGUGAAGACCUUCAACAGAAGAAUGUGCCUUUCUUUGCCGAUGUUCCUGAAUCACUUAAUUAUCUGUUUGAUUAAGAAUAAGUAAUUUCUGUGAUCAAUCCUUCCACUCAUGCUCAACUUAGUUUUGUUGUUCAUAAUGAAUAAAAAAUAUUUCACUUUCAUCUUCCA